AUGGCCUUGACCGCUGAGUUUCGGGCUGAAAUUGACAAAAUCUUUGAAAACAUUCUUGUUCUACAGCAAGUCCUCGAAAAGGUUGACUUGCCCUCCAUUGAAGCGCUACGAGACCUCGAUCAUGAUCUGUCAUCUCUCUCGAAUACCGUCACCUUGUUGUCGUACAAUGUACAGCUUGGAAACAAGAACCACGAGGACCGAGAUUGGUGGAACGUUGAGCGUCUCGAGGAACUCCUGAAGAAUUCCAAUUUGUGCCUUCUUCAGUUCAUUUCCACUCUCCUGAGUGGGCUGAGACCAGAUACAGAAAGCUUGAACGACCAACUACCCCAGAACCUCGUAGGCGAGGUUAGGCAUCUGAGGAUGAGGAUUGCUGUGGGCACCACCGCCUUGAGUGCACCUGUCAUGGUCUCUGCCGUGGAAUCGUUACGUCCAUCUCUCGGUCCUUCCUUCGAACAUCUAGGAUUCAGGGCUCUCGAUGACUGUGCCGAUGAACUUCGCUACAUUGGCCAAUACCUGAAAGGGGAUGGAAGAGUGAGCUCGACAGGCCCACCAUCCCCAGAUACACCCAGUUUGCAUCAGCAGCGUUUAGAGUUAGCCCGUAUCAUUGAGGGGCUGUCUAGUACACUCUUAAAUGCUCGUCUGCCUUCUACUUCUGACAAGAAGCAACCCCUAAUUAGACGAAGAACCACACGAGGCAGUGCGCGAUACAAGACACUGGAGCGCACAGCAUCAGAGUCGGAUUGGUCAUCUUCAGGAAUGAUGACGCCCUCGACUGACACAAUCACACCUAGAGCCGGGGCAUCGAGUAAAGCAGCUCUGUCUCUCUCGACGUUAAUCAGUCAAGACGAUGAUCCCGAUGUUCUGGGACUGGCUAAUUCAAUGAUGGGACUCUCGCCUUUCGAACCGCAGGCUGACGAUGCAGUAAUGGUGGCAUGCCAUUCAACACACCACCACUCUCCCAACGACGGCUUACCAGCCUACUCUCAACUCGACCCAGUUGCAUUGCAGACACUUUCCGCCGAGCGAGUCGCCGCCCACGAACGCAAUACGUACAUCGACACGGACGCCCUCGGCCAGCGAACACCAGAUCUACUCGCAACCUAUUCGACCGCUCGCGACCUCCUCGAUCUUGGCCGGGGACAGCAAGCCCUCCCUUUGCUGCAGUCCCUCCACUCUUCCAUCAUAAAUUUGAACGUUAAGUGGCCUCUCCCGCCGAUUCUGCAGAGACUGCCCAGACGUCCGCAAGUCCUGCUCGAUAUGUCUCGUGCCUACUUGCUCUGUGUCCCUCGCCAGACAUCGGAUGCUAUUGCGCUUCUGGUAGCCAUAUACAAGAUGAGGGAUGCGGGCAUGGGGGAGAAGUAUGCAGCUGCACACUCCCUAGCUCAGGUAUACUGGGAGACUGGUGACAUUGACAAUGCAAGGAAGUUCUCAGGUUAG